AUCAGCUGCUUGUUUAACGUCAAAACAAUCGGGUCUUUCGUAACGUAAAUCAAAAACACACGGGACUACAGUAGUCGCAAAUUGCAGUGGCUGCGAACGAUGUUUGGCACUCGUUGCCUGCGCCAGUGCUACAGUCUCCGAAUCCAUGGCUCCCACAAUUCCCGCAGAGAUUUUGCGGCUCUGUGCCGGAUGAGAAGCCAUGGUGUGGGAUACCAAAAGUACGGACUUCGUUUUACCCAUGGCAAGGGGGAAACGGAGGGUGGAGCGCUUAGUUUCAUACUGCUGCGAUGGACUAAGAUCGCGUGGAGCAACAUGUUCGGCAAGUAUCUGCUCGUUACGAACGUGGUGGGCUCCGGACUGCUGAUGGUCGUGGGCGAUGUGAUAGCCCAGGAGUACGAGUACAGGCGUGGAUUGCGGCACCAGGACCGCUUCGAUACGGAUCGCAUGUACCGGAUGUUUGUGGCUGGCGCGCUGCAGGGACCUCUUCACCACUACGUGUACAACUGGAUGGACAGGGUAAUGCCGGCUCGUACGCUAAAGAACAUCUUCAAGAAGAUCCUGAUUGACCAGCUGGUCAUGUCGCCCGCCUGCAUCGUCAUAUUCUUCUAUUCGCUUUGCUAUCUGGAGCGCCAGACCCUGGACGCCACCAAUCAGGAGCUGAUCUCCAAGUUCCCGUAUGUUUACAUGCUGGAUUGGAUGACCUGGCCGGCGGCGCAGUACCUGAACUUUCGCUAUUUAGACACCAAAUACCGGGUGACGUUCGUCAAUGUGUGCACGGCUGUUUACAAUGUGCUCAUGUCCUACAUGAAGCACGAUUUCGGCGUUCACCUCCCACUGGAGGAGAAGUUAGUUGCGUCCUCCGAGCAGAACCUAUUGCCUCAGAGUUCAACGACGAGUCCCGAUGCCCAAAAAGCCGUUUAAGACAGAACGAAUAGGAAUCGCGGAAUAGGUGUGAUAUCGACAAGAAACCAAAUUAUUUAGUUAUUGUGAACACGAGGGUUAUUAUGUAAAUAAGAGGCUCUUAAUACCAAUAAAUAUGCAUGUUUAGUAC